AUGCUUCGGUAUACUUUCACUUGGCUUUUAGCCGUUCCUGUACUAGGCCAAGUGCACAGCUUCCAUCCCAGAGGCCACGAUGACAUCACCUACAGCAUCAAUGUACCAGAUAACACCUCCUCGACCGGCUCUGGUCCUAUAUUCAUCCAGAUGAAUGUCACGCGCCAGGUCGAGUGGUUUGCCUUGGGCCAGGGAAGACAGAUGGCUGGCUCCAAUAUGUUUGUAGUCUAUACAUCUGACAACAACGUUACUGUUUCUCCGCGGUCGGGCGUUGGUGAAAUUCAACCUUUGUAUAACAAAGACGCCCAGAUCAUAAUGCUCAACGGCAGCGGUGUGCACAACAGAGUCACGACCGCUAAUUUCCGAUGUGAUACCUGCAUCAAGUGGAGUGGGGGGUCAGAAAACGUGAAUAGUUCUUCAAGCUCAUGGAUCUGGGCUGUCAAGUAUGGCCAAUCGCUCCGCUCCAGCAGUGUGUCCGAGGGUAUCAGCCAACACGACGACAAUGGUGUUUUUUCCAUCGAUUUGACAAAGGCAACCGGCGGCAGCUCGGAGAAUCCGUUUGCUCAGUCGGGCCAAGCAUCUGUAUCAUCUGCGGAAGAGGAUCCCACAUCUGUGUCUAUCCGAGACACCAUCAAUCGCAAAAAGACAGCGCAUGCUGUGCUCAUGGUCUUGGCUUUCGUGAUCAUGUUCCCUUUUUUCGCGCUGGGACUUCAUGUCUUCCCCUCCAAGUGGACAGUGAACAUCCAUGGGACAUUCCAAUUGCUUACACUGGCUGUCAUCAUUGCGGGCCUCGGAGUCGGUGUCUCACUGGCACGACAGAUCGAGCUGGUGGACUCUUAUCAUGCGAUCAUUGGGAUUAUUGUUGUCGCGAGUCUUGUGCUUUUCCAGCCUGCCAUGGGUGUCUUGCAGCAUCGAUACUUCCGCAAAACAGGCGGAAAGGGUGUCUUUGCAUACACACACCGAUGGUUUGGAAGGACGAUGAUAAUUUUAGGGGUGAUCAAUGCUGGGCUUGGCUUCAAGCUGGCGCAAGGGCCGCGUGGGGCUAUCAUUGCGACCAGCGUGGUUGCUGGAAUCAUUGGGGUGUUUUACAUUGCUGUUUACUUAAAUCGCAAAUCGUUGCACAACAAACCUACCGUGCAUAUCACCUAUGACGAAGGGAUCCAGAUUGUCCGCUCAUUCUUGCAAUAUGCAUCCAAGCAUCCCGUUGAAGACCUCCAGGCGUUCACCCGACAGUGGGUGCCCAGCCCUCAUUGGGUGAGAACUGAGGCCAUUACAAUCCCCGCCGAGUUCCUCUCCUCUGCUGCAGAUGCGGUCAACAAACAGCUUGGCCCAAAGGGUAUUAUACGUGUUGGAGGAGAGAAGUGGUGGCAAUGGCGCGGGCCAGCUGAAGACCUGAAGGGAGAGUGGAUCGAGAUGCGAAACCAUUAUAAUGAGACCAAGAAGGCCAACAAGCGCUGCAAUCGUGUGAUGCUGUAUGUCCAUGGCGGUGCCUACUUCUUUGGCAGUGUCGACACUCAUCGGUAUAUGAUGCAGCGGCAUGCUCGCAAGCUUAAGGCUCGUCUUUUUGCGCCAGAAUAUCGACUAUCACCACAAUUUCCCUUCCCGUGUAGUCUGCACGACUGCUUGGCAGCAUACCUUUGGCUCUUGAAAUCCCAUGAGCCAAAGGAAAUCAUUAUCGCCGGUGACUCUGCUGGCGGAGGUUUGGCUCUUUCGAUGCUGGUCAUCAUGCGUGAUCAGGGCAUUCCUUUGCCCGCAGGUGCCAUUCUGAUCUCUCCUUGGGUUGAUUUGACCCAUUCUUUCCCUAGCAUUGUUGCGGACAACCCUGGAGACUAUAUUCCGCCGUAUGGCUUCCGUCACAAACCUUCGACCGCCUGGCCUCCUCCCAAUGCAGAUGAUGUGUUGAAGAUGAAGAGAAUGUCUCAGCAGGAGACCGUCACCUCUGAGGAUGUGAAUAAUGCAAUCCCUGCACCCAACAGUGACGCCGAAGAAACCGCUGUCCGAGGUUACACUAUUCAUGAGAACGCCCCUCCUCCUGCUGACCCUGCAUACCCUGGCCAGCAGCAGAACCCAAACCCCGGCACCCUACACGCCGAACCCGAUAAUAUCCAUGUCGUUUUGGAUGGAAAGACGGUAGAAUUGAAGGAUCAAAUCCAGAUGUAUACGACAAACCAACUCAUGUCCCACCCUCUUGUUUCUCCAGUCCUGCAGCCCUCUCUAGGUGGCCUCCCUCCACUGCAAAUAUUGAGCGGCGGUGGUGAGAUGCUUCGUGAUGAGCAAUUCUACAUUGCCCACAAGGCUGCGAAUCCAACAGCGUAUCCGCCUGCUGAUGUCUAUCUUGAUGAACACGACCCGAAUCGGGAAAUUUUGCACAAAUAUGAGCCCACGUAUGUGCAACUUCAGGUCUGGGACCACCUUUGCCAUGUGGCGCCUACAUUGAGCUUCACGCAACCAGCGAAGUAUAUGUUCCGAUCCAUCGCCCAAUUUGGAUCUUGGGCGUUGGCUCGUGCGCAAAAUGGCCAGAUUGAGAUUGAAGAUGAUAUCAUGUUAUCCCCGGCCUCAUCGAGUAGCUCGGAAGGUGAUCAAUCUUUGGGUCCCCAGUCUGCCCUGAACAAAACAGUGCCAGGUCCAGGGCCGGAGUCUGUUGGGAGAGCCGGUGACCCCCUUCCAGCGUUUCAAGACCACAUGAUACGCCAACGGAUCGACAAAGGAGGCCAAGCCUUCCCACUUGACCCCCCAUCAUCCUACCCUGUUUUGGAUCUCCCCGCUUCCCAAAUCGGUGCUAUCAACCCAGUACUCAUUCAAAAGUGGUUGAACGCAAAGCAGGAAUGGGAUAUCCGAUUCUCCAAAGAAAAGCUUCGCGUCCAGAGUCGGCGGAUGAAAGAGCUCGCUCAUGGCUUCCAGGAUUUCGAGGGAGAAAUUCCUCCCCCAAGUUCCUUGGCAGCUCGUCGGGCUGCUCCUGGCGUCCUCCCCAAACCUCGUGCCAAGAAGAAUUAUGGUAUGAUGAUGUGGAGCGGCUGGGGAAGUAAGCAUGAUGAGCGCACAAUGGAAAGGCAAUCCCAGGCGCAGCAGUCAGGUCGGCCGUCGACUCGUACCAGCGUCGAUGCCAGCCAGGCGGGGGCAUGGUCUAGCACACCAGCGCUAAACACCCAAAAUGAAAAGAGUGAGCCAGAAGCCUCCAAGACCAAGCCCCGAGCGGGCACUUCGGCCGUCACCUGGGAUGAAAAGGAACAUCCCAAUGGUGGCACCUUCUCGGAUGGCCGCACAUCCCCCGAAGCACCUUCGCGGGCAUCUGUUCAGACCAACUCUGCACCCAUUCUUAUUUUACCUGAAGUGAACAACCACAAAUUUACGGACGACAAUGCCAGUACACGGGCUCUCUUCCAUGCGGCAGGCUCUCUGCCUAUGAAAUCGGAUGUAUCACUUGUGCAAAGCAGAUACCGGCCAUCAUCUGCUGCAGGCUCAACCACAGGCCGAAGUGAAUUCAUGUCGGAUACUGCCAGUACCGUUGGCGGCGACAAGGACUCUGUUGCUUACAUGAACACGGCGUCUGAUGCAGCUAGUACCCGUGCUGUUAUGGGUGCUAGGGGAGUGUCGGCUCAUAUCAUGGCUGGUGAGAAUGCUCGUCGCUCCACAGACACUCUUUCCGUUUUCUCGGCGGCUGGUCGGGAUUCAACAUCGCAUCGCCCUGAAAUGCCCGAGAGGGACGUUUUCAAGACCGCGGAAGAGGUGUUAUAA